AUGGACCCCGACGCCUACAACGGCGCUGACCGGGGGGCGUACCGCUGGAGCCAGACGCACCAAGACCUCGACGUGCAGGUCGUGGUCCCGAAGUCCGUCGUGUCCAGCGGUGCCCUGGAGGUGCUCAUCAGGACCGACUCGCUUCUGGUGCGCCACGGCGAGCGCGACCUGGUGAGCGGCAAGCUCAAGCACGCCGUCAGAGACAAGGAGAGUUUCUGGACUCUGCUCCCGGGACAACACGUGCACGUGCAGCUGGAGAAGGCGCGGCCCCGCUGGUGGACCAGCCUGCUGGAAGGCGAGCCCCCGGCGGACGUGCCCGCCAGGGAAGUGCCGCUGGAGGAGCUGCGCAGCGAGGAAGCGAUGGUGGUCGAGAAGCUGAGGUGGCAAGACCUCCAGAAGCAGCAGCAGCGAGCCGCACACGGUGACCAAGAGCACGGCCGUGUGCCAGCGUGA